AUGGAAAGCCGCGGCUACGCUGCGACAGCAACUGAGUCGGAAAGGCCGAAUUCGAACUCUGAAGUGGUGGUAGUGGAUGCUCCAAUUCCACGAGAUGAAGAACAGGUGCCCGUGCAGGUAGCAGCCAAUGGACCUGGGAGCGGUAAUGCACCGUCAGGGCCUAUAUCACACCGUGCUGAGCGGCCGCGAAAGCCUGGGAGCGAAGUGUUCCUUGUUGGUAUGUUCGUCCUUGCCCUCAUUGGUUGGAUCAUUUCGCUCGUUGGACAGGCGGUUGUAGCAGCUACUAUCAGUAACGCCCCAGUGCGCAUCCUCUGGUUUGCGAUCGUGCUUCAAACAGCCAUCCUACUCCUUCUGAUACAAGUUCUAUCCAACGCCUCGAUAUACAACGCUGCUUACGCGUACGGCACGCAGAUCUCGAUCCUGGCGGCACUCGCCACCGCGUUUGCGGUGCUCGGCGUCGACCAGAACAUAUACUCUUCACAGGCAGCUCAGCAAGCGACGGGGGCCGGGUGGCUAAUCACGGCCAUUGUCGACCUUCUUCUGAUCAUUUUCUUUACGUCGCCGCCUCAGUCACCGAUUCUGCGUGUGGCAAAGGGUGUAUAUAACCGCGACCGGGAUGCUCCGCGGACGCCCUCAGGGCCAACGCAGAAUGUGGUGGAGAAGAUCUCGCGCAGCACAGACGCGUUCCAUCGGACAGCGUUCCAGCACAGCGGCGCUACAGGGCUCACCGCAGCGCAGGAGGAAGAAGAUCAACUUGAGGGUCUGACGCCGGAAGAAAGGGAGAAGGUUGAGCGGAUGGUGGAUGAGAAGAUGGCUGCAAUGGGUAUGUACCCGCGUGGAUUCCAUCCACGAGACUCGUCGGGUGCAUCGUCGAAACCACGCUCGGAGGGUGGUAAAUUACGCGCGAAGAGGCGGAGUGGCCAUGCAGCUGGGGCAGCCGGAGUUGGUGUGGGUGCGAGAGGGACGCUGACGAGCAUGUCGUCGGAACACCAGAAGAGUGCGCUGCUGGAGGCGCGUGAAGGCAGCGCCCGCCCGGAUAGUGGGAGUGCGGUGCCAGAGGAGGCGGCCAGUGAAUCGCCUGCCAAGUGGAGGGCAGAGGCGCUCUUUGAAUAUAAAGGAUCAGAGCAAGACCCGAAUGAACUCGCUUUCAAGAAAGGUGAUAAACUUUUAAUUUAUGACAAGUCAGGCAAAUGGUGGGAGGCGGAGACUCCUGAUGGACGUAAAGGAAUUGCGCCUUCAAACUAUUUGAAACUCGUUUAA